GUUAGCAUUCGAGGCAGUUUAGUUUUAACUUUGUGAAACAAUCUGUUUGGAAUUGAAUCAGACAGCCACGGCGAAGAACUUACAAAAAUGAACAGAUUCUGUGUACUCGUCGUCGUGCUCGGCGCACUCUCCUCAUCCGCUUUAGCUCAGGAAAACUUCAAAUGCCCGGACGACUUCGGCUUCUACCCACAUCACGUCUCCUGCGAUAAGUACUGGAAGUGCGACAACAACGUCGCCGAGCUGAAGACCUGCGGAAACGGUUUGGCCUUCGACGCGGGCGACUCGAAAUUCUUGACCGAAAACUGCGAUUACAUCCACAACGUCGAGUGCGGCGAGAGGACGAAAUUGGAAGAUCCGAUCUCCUCCACUCACUGCGAAAGGCUGUACGGCAUCUUCGCCGAUGAGGCCAAAUGCGACGUCUUCUGGAACUGCUGGAACGGAGAGGCCUCCAGGUACCAAUGCUCCCCCGGACUCGCCUACGAUCGCGAAUCUCGUGUCUGCAUGUGGGCCGAUCAAGUAACCGAGUGCAGAAACGAAGAAGUUGCCGGAGGAUUCGCUUGCCCAGCCGCCGGUGAGGUCACGAACUCUGGAUCGUUCUCCCGUCACGCUCAUCCGGAUGAUUGCCGCAAGUACUACAUCUGCUUGGAGGGUGUAGCCCGCGAGUACGGAUGCCCGAUCGGAACCGUCUUCAAGAUCGGAGACUCCGACGGUACCGGAAACUGCGAAGACCCAGAAGAUGUUCCCGGAUGCGAGGAUUACUACGGCGACUUGGAUCUGAAGAGCAUCCGCAAGAGCGAACUUUUGGCCGGUUUGCAUAGCAGCUCCUCCAAAGGGGCCAACGUAGGAAACAAGGCAUCUAAACCCCGUCCAGUACAGUCUCGUAGCGCCCCCGCCCCUUCUACUUCUUCAGACGCUGAUCACUAAACCACUUCUUCUAAAAUUAAUUAAUUAAUAAUAAUAAUAGUAGUAAUGCAACAGCAACAAAAAAAACAUCAACCACAACAGACAAAAAAAAAACUGAAAAGAAAGAAAAAACAACAACUUUUAACAGAUCUACACUCGUUUCGACCAGAUUACUUAUAUAAUUAAUUACUUUAUUUUUGUUAAUAUCUUUUCGUUACCCAUUGAGACUCACAACCACAACCUCCCCUCAUUGUGCGGAUCUGCUCGUCACGAAUGCCUUUCUGUUCCUAUUGAAAGAAUUUUUUUUUCGAUUUUUUUUUUAAUUUUAUAUAUAUAUUUUGUAUAAGUUUGUGUAUAGUCUAAUUAACAUUUGCGGUACAAAAAAAUACUCUAAAACAUGAGCUACUUAGCAGCAGCAGCGACGACGACGAUGAAGAUAAUGAUGAUGAAG